AUGAAUGUGCCUCCCAGGACAAUACCGGUGCUGCGUGCUGGGACUGCGCAAAGAACGCUCACACGUGCAGGCCAGUCCCUGCUGGGGCUGUUGCUGCCCGAGCAGCACAACAGCUACGUGCUUGCGGUGGUAGUGCGGCUCCUUCUACCGCUUCAGGACCAGCUCCGCUUUGGCCCCGAAGAGCGGAAGCUUAUGGCGUUAGAAACCAUCGCUGAGGCUGCUCGGCUCUGGAUUCUUAACAAGCCGGAGGAUGAGGACGAGGAGAAUGUAUAG